GCUACUAUACUUUUUAAAAGUAUGAGAUCUGGUGAUCUAAAGUAUUACUGAUGCUAAAUAUUCAUUCAGUCACUGGGUAGACUGGGUUAUGUGCUCACUGGACUGGUCUAUCACAUUCAGGCAUUGUCUCCGUAAGUAAAUGACUCUCCAGAUGGGGAAAAGUCAGAGCAAUGGAGCGUUAAACACUGUGAUUACCUGUGAUUUUUGCCAGUGUUGAAAACACUACAGUUCUCCAUGCUGACGGACAACAAACUGGUUGAACGUGUGUGAGUCUUUGUGUGUGUGUGUGUGUGUGUGUGUGUCGUGUCAAACUGGGGGUGUGCUCAGCUGCGUGAAAAUGAGAGGAAAAUCUAACAUUCUCCAUCUCGUACCCUCCCAUAUACCUUUACUCGCUGCUGGAGGCUCCUUAAAAGGUGCUGCCAGUAGUGUCUGUCUGCCUUAUCAUCACUGUCUUGGCAGGAGGAAAUUAUACCCAGCUGUUAGAGACAGAGAGACUGCAGUCAGAGGAGUUAAACAUCUCUGAGGACAGAACAUCUUUACAGAAACGCAGUGGUAGCCUCUAUUAGGAUGAAAUUACUCAUGGAAAGCCUUCAAAUCAAGAAGCUGCUGUGCGUAAACAUCUUGGCGCUGCUCGUCCGGGAGGUUGCUCUGUCAAGCAUCCUGACCACACCGUCCAGAGGAUGUCCAACCUGCACAGGAAAGCCUGUGGAUUUGAAUGUGGCCUCUCUGGCUCCUGGGGAGCCGUGCGGCGUCUACACUCUGAGCUGUGCCCCAGGUCUGCGCUGUGAGCCUCCACAGGAUGAGCCGAGACCCCUGCGUGCCCUGCUGGAGGGCAGAGGAGUCUGCUGCAAUGUCAGCAGCACCACACCGACUACGCAGGUCUACCCUGCAGAAUCGGCGCCAACUGAGGAGCCCAGUGAGGCUCCCUGCCGCAAACUUUUAAUGAAAGUCAUCCAAGAUCUUGACGCCCAUUUAUUUAAGUCCCGUCAUGAUAUCUACAUACCCAACUGUGAUAAAAGUGGUUUCUACAAAAGGAAGCAGUGCUGGUCGUCUCUGGGGAAGCAGCGUGGGAAGUGCUGGUGUGUGGACGAGAACGGCCUCUCCGUCCCGCCGAAGACUAAACGACAGGGCAACGUGAAUUGCUGAGGAGCAGGAAAGGCGACACAGAUGAAGGAGCAUCGGACUAAAACCUGAACUCGCCGUUUCAUAUGUUUCAUUUCUACCAGAUGAAAGCAGAUCUUCCUCCCCGAGGAGCUGCGCAGUGAUCAAACUUUGUCUCCUGACGCCCUCUGCUGAAUACACUCGGAUUGUGCUGAUUUGAUUCUGUCACAUUCAAUGGAAAUCGGACUGCAGCUAAAAAUAAUCCAGCUAAAAUUAUAUACAGAAUGAAAGCAUGUCAAUUAUGAACCGAGUGACUUUAACACUUUUUUAAGCAAACUUCAAGAAAUCAGUUACAUAACAUUCACAAGCUAGCAAUGGGAAAUUACAAACUCUUUUACGAUUGUGUUCAGGUUCUGUGAUAUUUACAUAUUUUCAGUAUGCUUUCCUUCGAAACCACUCUGUUUUGAAAGUACCUGCUGCAUAUAAAACAUGUCGCCGUAUUUAUGUUACUGUAUAUACGUCUAUUUAUGUUAAAUUGUUCAUUAUGUUAGUGUUACAUAUAAAAGCGAACACUAGGAGUCCUUUGAGGGAACUUAGGAAUCUGAAUGUUUUUUUAUUUAUAACAUCGGUGACGUUUAAUAUUGGUGAUGACGACUGAUGAUUUUAGGCAGUAU